GAGGCGAAGGAAGGCCCCCGCGGAGGACGGCCGGCUUGGCCUCAGUUUCCGAUGAAGGCUGGAUGGAGGGGACUCUGGGGGAGCCUCGCCGGCGGCAGCAGCAGCGGGAACAUCGGCAGCUUCCCUCCCAAGGCCGGGAGGAGGGAGACGAGGAGGGGGAGCCAUUCCUUGUGGCUGAGCUGAAACCAGGGCGGCCUCAGCAAUACAACUGGAAAUCAAGCUGUGAGACGUGGAGCGUGGCCUUCUCCCCAGACGGCGCCUGGUUUGCCUGGUCUCAGGGCCACUGCAUUGUCAAGUUGCUUCCUUGGCCGUUGGAGGGGAUUGAGCAGAACUGCAAAGCUUUAGAGUGCAAGAACCAAUACACUAAAUCAGAGUCCAGGGGGCGAGGUGGGUCCAAGGAGAAGACACUGGAAUGUGGGAAGAUUGUCUGGGGUUUGGCUUUCAGCUCAUGGCUCCCUACCCACUCAAGGAAGCGCAUCCUACGGGGACCAAGUACUACAUGUUUGGUCCUUGCCACGGGACUGAACGAUGGCCAGAUUAAAAUCUGGGAGGUGCAGACAGGUCGCUUGUUGUUCAGCCUCUCAGGGCAUCAAGAUGUGGUGAGAGACCUAAGCUUCGUACCUGGUGAGAGUGGCUCAAUCCUGGUCUCUGCAUCCCGUGACAAAACCUUGCGCAUCUGGGACCUGAGUCAAAAUGGGAAGCAACUGAAGGUGCUGUCUGGACAUGUGCAGUGGGUCUACUGUUGCCGCAUCUCUCCUGAUGGUCAGAUGUUGUGCUCUGCUGCUGGAGAGAAAUCUGCCCUGCUCUGGAGUAUGCGUUCAUACAGCCUCCUCCGACGAUUAGAAGGGCACCAGGGCUGUGUUGUGUCCUGCGACUUUUCACCAGACUCAGCUCUUCUAGCAACUGCCUCAUAUGACACAUUUGUGAUACUCUGGGACCCCUGUACGGGGGAGCAGCUGAGAUCCCUCUGCCACAUUCCAUUACAGCCCCCUCUGGACCACAACAGCGACUUCCAUGCCAGCUCCCUGCGAUCCGUGUGCUUCUCACCUGAAGGCCUCUAUCUUGCAACUGUGGCAGAUGACAGACUUCUGAGGAUCUGGGCUUUAGAGCUUGGCAGCCCAGUUGCCUUUGCCCCGGUGAAGAAUGGUCUGUGUUGCACCUAUUAUCCACAUGGUGGGAUCAUUGCCACAGGGACAAGAGAUGGCCAUAUCCAGUUUUGGACAGCUCCCCAGGUGCUUUCCUCCCUUAAACACCUGUGCCGCAAAGUUCUCCGGGGAUGCUACACAACAUAUCAAGUUCUGGCACUUCCCAUUCCAAAGAAAAUGAAGGAAUUUCUCACCUACAGGACUUUGUGAGGUUAACUGGUUUGAUGAAGGUGUCCUGUCAGCUGCUGACUGCUUUUCAGCAGAGUGGCCUUGCCAGGACUCAUGCAGUAGCCUUGUGCUCUGCAACAUAGAGAGGGCAAAGGUGUGAGGACUUGUGUGGUAAGGUACCUUUUAUAUCCAGGGAUGUGGCUACACUUGUUGGCUACAGAAAAACCCAGGUCUCAUUUGCACGAGCCGCAAGGAAAAAAUGGAUUGGUUUUCAGCAUAUUUCACUUGGAAAUUCCCAUCCAUAGGCUACAAGUUUCUCCAGGACUCUUCUGUAUUUAACACACAUGCUCUAUGGAUUUGGAUUACUAUUAUUUGAUAGUGAAGAGGCUGCUUUGGGUUUAAGAGAAACUGGCUGUGUAUCAUUUCCUUUAAGCUGAAUGAAGAUGAAACUAUUUCAUCCUUUCUACUUUGACAUUUUCAGCAAGUGCACCUGAUAUUUAGCUUUCACAUGGGAGGACUGGUGAUCAAAGCUGUUCACUCUGAACUUCUUUCAUGGAUCUUACAAGGAUCUUGGAUUUUAUCAGGUGUUGGCUUCAGAGUUGGAGGGCAUAUUGCAACAUACCUGGUUGCAUAGAACUAUUGGGGUAGCUUUCAAGCUAGUCACAGCAACACUUGCUGAAGCUCUGGAUAACACUUCUCCCACUGGGUUCAGAGAUGAGGCAAGGCACUAUGUCCCCCCGCCCCCAAACCCAUAUUUGCAAGCAAGGAGGAUCCCGAACAAAAUCCUCUUAAAGUAUAUGUUGGCCCCUCUGGAGGGCUACACCCAUUUUCAAGCCCCUUUCCCCUGCAAAAGUUUAAAGAUCUUUUCUUUUGUUCUCUAAUUGGCCAGUAGUGCCCCUUCACAGCUUGUCGGACGUACUAAUGGCCACUUUGCUGUGUUCUGGAGGCCUUUUUUACAUUCCCUAUAGCUGUUCUAAGCCUCGGCUGGCUUUAUUUCUAAGUGGGUGGUGGCCAAUUAUUUUAUUCCUCUUUGGAAGAAAAAGCCCUGCCCAGAGCUAAGGAAGGUCAGCCCUCCUCAGAGGCUUCCAAAUACAACAAAAUAGCUAAUUUCACAUCCAAAAUCUUCGGCAAAUGCUACUGUGCCUUUUGGGCAUAUUCAAAAACGGCCUGGAAGGCCAGACAGUCCUUUACAUGGAAGCAGUCCUCUUCAGCAUAGAGAGGUCAGGCUAUUACAUCUCAGCAUCCCAACAUGGAUUUACUUUCAUUUUAAGGAUCCUGAGAUUUUAAGAAUCCAAUCAUGUUCAGGUUGGGUGGAAGCAGGGCUUUCAUUCCAGACUUUUAUGAACAUUGAUAUGAAGUACUGUAUUACGUAUAGACUAGCUAAGGCAGUCUGAAUUUUCUGAUAAUCAUGGGGGAAAUGUUGUGUGCCUUCAAGUUAACCCUAUCGCAGGGUUUUCUUGGCAAGAUCUCUUUAGAAAUUUGGUAUUGCCAUCUUCUGAGGCUGAGAGAGGGAGUUUCCCAGGGACACCCAGUGGGUUACUAUGGCUAACUGGUAUUUGACCCCAACUCUCCCAGUCCUAGUCCAACACUCAACUGCACCAUGUUGGCUCUCCAUGGGGUGUGGAUGUGGAGAAUUAUCACCUGCCAUUUUACAGUAGUCAUAUAUCACCCCUGCAGCCCAGUGUGGACUUUUUUGCUUUAUACCAUACCCUUGCUUUCAGUGGGCUGUACAACUAUAUUCUGGUACUGUCGUAUGUCACUUUUGAAAUUACACUACUGAACAUGCAUCAGGAUGCAAAGUGUAUUUGAGAAGGUGCUGGUGAAUAUAAUGUUAAAAAUAAAUGAUCAACUGUUUUUUCAGGAUACAGUAGGUGGAAACGUAUAUGGCUUCUGGAGGCGAAAAACUUGUUUUUAAAAUAUGCUUCAAUAGUCCCUCUAGCCAAACUGCAAUAAAGUGCUUAGACUGAA